AUGUCUCAUCGUAUUGCACCCUCAAAAGAACGAUCCUCAUCAUUUAUUUCAAUUCAAGACAGUGAAACAAAAGACGCAUUGAGUUCUGAUGUUGUUAUGGAUGGCAAAACGGAUAUCAAGAAGAAAGAGGGGAAGAGCUCUCGGUAUAUACCCCCAUGGACAACUCCUUAUAUCAUUGGUAUAGGUGGCGCUUCAGGUUCAGGCAAGACAAGUGUCGCUGCCAAAAUCGUGUCAUCGAUUAAUGUUCCCUGGACAGUAUUGGUAUCUUUGGAUAACUUCUACAAACCAUUAGGCCCAGAGGACAGAACUAGAGCCUUCAAAAACGAGUACGAUUUUGAUGAGCCAAAUGCCAUAAAUUUAGAUCUGGCAUACGAAUGCAUUUUGAAUUUAAGGGAAGGUAAGAGGACAAAUAUCCCAGUUUAUAGCUUCGUUCACCACAAUAGAGUUCCCGAUAAAAAUAUUGUCAUAUAUGGGGCCAGUGUAGUAGUGAUUGAGGGAAUUUAUGCCCUUUACGAUUCUCGAUUGCUGGAUCUGAUGGAUUUGAAGAUUUAUGUUGAUGCCGAUUUAGAUGUCUGCUUAGCAAGAAGAUUAUCUAGGGAUAUAGUUUCGAGAGGGAGAGAUUUGGAUGGUUGUAUUCAACAGUGGGAGAAAUUUGUGAAACCUAAUGCAGUAAAGUUCGUGAAACCAACAAUGAAAAAUGCAGAUGCUAUCAUUCCAUCCAUGAGUGAUAACGGUGCGGCAGUGAAUUUAAUUAUUAAUCACAUUAAGUCAAAACUGGAGCUGAAAUCAGACGAGCACUUAAGAGAGCUGAUAAUGCUGGGCUCUUCUCAUUCCCAAAAUAUGCUUGAUCGUAACAUGAUCCAUGAAUUACCGCGCACAAACCAAGUUCUUUCAUUACAUACCAUGCUUCUAAACAAAAACUUAAAUUGCGCAGACUUUAUUUUCUACUUCGACAGAUUAGCAACAAUUUUAUUGUCGUGGGCACUCGACGACAUUCCUCUAACACACACAAAUAUCGCAACUCCUAGUGGACAUACCGUGGAAAAUGUUAUUACUUGUCAGUUUGAUCAAGUAACUGCUGUAAAUAUUAUACGAUCAGGAGAUUGUUUCAUGAAGUCAUUGAGAAAAACGAUUCCUAAUAUUACAAUUGGGAAAUUGUUGAUUCAAUCCGAUUCACAAACUGGAGAACCACAACUGCAUUGUGAAUUCUUACCCCCAAACAUAGACAAAUUUGGCAAGGUGUUCUUAAUGGAGGGUCAAAUUAUUAGUGGUGCAGCCAUGAUCAUGGCCAUCCAGGUACUUUUAGAUCAUGGUAUUGGCUUAGAGAAAAUUAGCGUAGUAGUAUAUUUGGCUACCGAGGUUGGCAUUAGACGUAUACUAAAUGCUUUUGAUAACAAAGUCAACAUUUUUGCUGGUAUGAUCAUUACGAGGGAAAUGUUACAAAAUCAUCAAUAUAAAUGGGCAUUGACCAGAUUUCUUGAUUCGAAGUAUUUUGGCUGUGAUUGA